GGCCGAUGCGGCGAGGGGACGAUGGGACGCCUGUUGGAACUCGGGGAGCGGUUGGAGCUGGUCUCCAUGGAUCCGCACUUCCACGACAUCAGCAUCUCCCUCUACCGCAGCACCGGAGAGGGCGGCGCGUCGGGAUUUCUCGCCCACAGCUACAGCACGAGGGAGGGCGCCGCCGAGCGGCUUGGCUUCGUGAUGCGGGCGAUGGCGGUCAUGGGCGGCAUGGGGCCGGCGCCGGGGUCAGUCCGAGCGCCUGGCUUUCGCCUGCGGGGCUCGCGCACAAGGCGGCGGUGAAGCGGCUCUUUCUCGAAGCCUGCAAACGGGCGACGGGGGCCGAGGUUGCGGCGCAGCCCAUGCGCGUCUACGACAAGAAGAACGAUCUCACGAUCGACGCGACAGCCGUCGGCGACGGGCGCUACCGGAUCGCGGCCGCAGGCAGCGAGGGCAACGACAAGGCGGCGCAGCGCGUGGACGGCGUGACCAGGGGGUUGAUCAAGCUCGCCGAGCUGGAGCCGGGUGCCGAGCCGGGCGAGGUCCGCUUCCCCUGCGGAUUUUCCCACGACGAGCUGGUGGGCCUUCUGAUCGGUCGGGCGCUCAACGUCCGCGCCGCCAUGCGCGAGGCGGAGGCUGCGGCGGCGCGCGGCAUCCUCGCCGCGCCGAGCGCGCAACAGCAGACCUGA